AUGAAUUCAACAUUAAAAUAUUUGGUCAUAGGUGUUGGAGGAACUGGAGGGUGUAUUGGAGGGUAUUUGGCACGACAAGCAAAAAAUGUGACUCUUAUAGCCAGAGGAGAACACAAGAAAAAAAUGGAAGAAAGAGGACUUCACAUUAAAACAAAUGAAUAUGGACAGAUCAUUAUUAAUCCAGUGAAUGUUAAGACAAGUGAAGAGUAUAAUUCAACGCCAGAUGUUAUUUUUAUCUGUGUCAAAUAUUACUCUCUUCCACAAAUAAUACCUUUUAUUAAUAGAAUUGCAAAAGAGGACACCAUUGUUAUACCAAUUCUUAAUGUUAUUUCUUCUGGAGAAGAGUUGAGAAAGAAAUGUCCCAAUUGUGUAGUAUUGGAUGGAACAAUAUAUGUUCAUGGAUUCAUUGAGUCUCCUGGAGUCAUAGUUAAACCAACUUCAAUAUUUAAGAUAUGUUAUGGAUUCAGAAAAAACCAAUACCAUGUAUUCGAAGGAAAAAUAACACAAUUAACAAAGGACUUGGAAGAAAGUGGAAUUCAAGCAAUUUAUACAGAUACUAUACUCAAAGAGGAAUUUAAAAAAUUCAGUUUCACUGGUUGUAUUGGUAUAACUGGAGUAUUUUUAAAUAAAGUAGCAAAAGACUUUAAGUAUGAAGAUUACCCAAAGCAGAUUUUAUAUCAACUUGUCGAUGAGGUUGGAUUAUUAUGUCAUAGCCUCGGAAUAACAUUCGAAGAAAGUCUUCAAGAGCAUGUUCAAAGUAUAUUAAAUCAAGUUUUAGAUGACUCAACCACUUCAAUGCAACGAGACGUGAAUGAAGGAAAAAUUUCUGAGAUGAGUGGACUUCUGUUUAACAUCUUAGACUUGGCUCAAACAUCAAAAGUGUAUCUCCCCACCUUUACAACAAUAGCUGCUUGGGUUAAGAGUCGUGAUAUUAAAUAA